GUUAAGAUUCGACGUCGGAAAAUGAAUAAACACAAAUUAAAGAAAUGUCGUAAAAGACAAGUACACAAGAGAAGAACCGACAGGAUAAUGAAAGAAAAGAAGAAAGAGAUGAGAUUUCAAGAGAAAUUGGCCUCAAUAGCCCAAUGGGCUGAUGAUUUCAAUGCACAAGAAUUUGUUGAUAAUGAAUUAAAAUUAGCAAGACGAGGUGGAUUUAGUGUGGAUGUGUUUCAAACC